AUCUAAGACUCAGUCGCGGUAUAUCAGUCACUCUAUAAGGGUGUUGCUAAGGGAGAGUGAAGUGGUACCUGCCAGGGAGGGACACGAAUCGGAACAUGCAUAUCAACCUUUUUAAAAAACACAUCCAUAAGUGGAUAUUUCAUCACGGAGUGUCAAGGUGUCUAAUUUCGCCGAAGAUUAACAAGUCGUCAAGGUUUCAAAGCAGUUGUACCAACAGCAGCAAACUUACAUACAGCUAUGUGUCAAACCCAGGCACGUGGCCGCUCUUGGGGACUACUCUGGGUGAGGUGGUGAACAGAGCCGAGCAGCUGUAUGGCGAGCGGGAGGCCUUGGUGUCAGUGUUUCAGGGCACAAGGAAGACUUUCAGGCAGUUUAAAGAAGAAAGUGAUUGUGUUGCUGCCGGCCUCAGAAGUUUGGGUCUGGAACCUGGAGACCGCUUAGGAAUAUGGGGACCCAACAGCUACGAGUGGGUUCUCACACAGUUUGCAGCAGCCAAGGCGGGCCUGGUACUGGUCCAUGUCAAUCCAGCAUAUCAAGCAAGGGAGCUGGAAUAUUGUCUCAACAAGGUCGCUGUAAAAGCCCUGGUGUGCGACAAGGCAUUCAAAACAUCAGAUUACUAUGAAAUGCUGUGCGAGUUGGCGCCUGAGUUGCCAUCGUCAGCCACAGGCAGCCUCAAGAGUGCAAGAUUACCUCACCUUGAAAAAGUUAUUGUCAUGUCUGAGGAAAUGUUAAGUGGAACCAUGAAAUUCAGCGACUUAUUCGAUGCAGGAGACAGUUCUCACGUCAAAAGCUUGGAACAGCUUGGAAGAAGGAUAAAGUUUGAUGAUCCCUGCAGCAUACAGUUCACAUCAGGAACAACAGGGUUGCCAAAAGCUGCUGUGCUCUCCCACCAUAUGAUAGCUAAUAAUGCUUAUGGAAUUGGGUAUCGUGCAGAGUAUCAUAAAAAGCACCACCGUAUAUGUCUGACGGUGCCUCUGUAUCACUGCUUCGGGAGCGUGGCAGGAGCUGUGACGAGCAUGCUGUUUGGCGCUACAUGUGUUUUGCCUUCCCGGGGGUUUGAACCAGACACAGCAGUCCAGUCGAUGCAGGAUGAGAGAUUAACCUCUUGCUAUGGUACUCCGACCAUGUUUGUUGAUAUUCUAAACGCUCAGAGAAGGAAGAACAGAGAUAUGAGUUCCCUGUCAACUGGAAUAAUGGCUGGUGCGCCGUGCCCUCCAGAACUGGUGAUGUCGGUCAUGAAUGAACUUCACAUGAAGGAUUUCCUGGUAAUGUACGGCAUGACAGAAACAAGCCCAGUGUCAUUUGAGUGCUUCCCUUCAGAUCCACCUGAAGUGAGAUUCUCCACAAUUGGGUACCCAUCUGAUCACACUGAGGUAAAGAUUGCUGAUCAUAAUGGGCAGGUGGUUCCUAUAGGGGAAGCUGGAGAAGUCUGCAUAAGGGGGUACCUGAAUUUCCUUGGCUACUGGGGGGAUCCCAAGAAAACUGAGGAGAUGAUGGGCCCAGACCGCUGGCUGAAGACGGGAGACCUGGGGAUUAUGCGUCCUGAUGGGUAUACAGAAAUUAUUGGUCGCAUAAAAGAAAUGAUCAUUCGGGGCGGAGAAAAUAUUUAUCCAACAGAAAUUGAAAACUUCCUAAUGGAACUCCCGGGUGUUCUUGAGGCUCAGGUGUUUGGCGUACCUGACAGCAGGAUGGGAGAGGAAGUUGGUGCCUGGAUACGAAGUAAAGAAAAUGCUGACCUUAAUGAAGAGGCUAUCAGGAAAAUGUGCAAAGGGAAGAUUGCACACUUCAAAAUUCCUCGCUACAUGAUAUUUAAGGAGGAGUUCCCAACUACAGUAACUGGAAAGGUUCAAAAGUUUAAAAUGAGGGAAAUGACAAUAAAAGAACUUAAUUUAGAGGGAUGAAGGGUGGAUAAGUUUUUCAUUUAAUCAACCAAGAAACUGGUACUAUGCCUCAUUCUCUUUAGGGAAUCCUUUGCCAUUCACAUAUUUUUCAAAACAUUUCUUAUAUACUCAACCAAGUUAGCAGUGUAAAGUUUACAUGCCCAGUAGCAAAGUUUUGCUGUGCUAUAUUGCGGGGCUACUAUGUUUUUUUGUACAAUCAUGCAUGUGUUUAGUUUCUAGUAAAUAUAUUCAAUUCUCUGAUUAAUUCCUAUAAAAAAUGUAUGAAGGCUUUCUCAGGGAGCAAUAUUAUGCAUAAGGAAAAAACGCUUUUCAUAAAAAUAAUCUUAUAGGUACAACUUAAUGUUUUAUGAUAAGUUGACAUGACGUUUAAUUCAAAAUUUUUAAUUGUUAAGUAAUCACAUUUAUGCUUCACUUGUGAAAUUUUCUAAAUAAGUUUUAUUGUAAAAUAAAAUGUUUACGUAGAUACUGUGUAAGUAAGUCUCUGCGUUCUCCCAAUUGCAGAACAUUAAAGCAUUGUUGGGAGUUAAACUGGGGACCUAUCUUAUAGCAAAUGAUUUUCUACACAUUUGCUUUCAUUGCUUUGGUAGCAAGUUUAGAUAAAUUUAAGCUGACCUAAAUGAAAUCUUCACACCCUAAAAGUUUGUAUAGUUUUUGCCAAGUAAGACACUUGUUAAUAAUAUUUUAUGGCAUGCAAGUGUAGUUAUUUUGAAUAUAUAUCUGCCUGUAAC